CCAUAUCCUCUCUAUUCUUCCCCCGCCCUUCUCUUCCUUGCCGGCGAAAGCGCGGCCCUCCCUCCUUCUUUGGCCAAGUUGUGUAAGGGUACUAGAGCGCGCGCGCCCCCUUCUCUCUCUCUCUCUCUCUGGCUAAGGCGAGGGAGACGGGAGCGCGCACCAGCUCCCCCCUUUUCUCCCUUGCCCCCCUUUCUAUCUCAUUUCCCGCCCCCCCACGGGCAACUCGCGAAGAGAAAGAUACUGAGCGACUGAGCGGAGCCAGCGCUCCCGGACCUCGCGCUGCUCCCUCAUGACGCGCAGAUUUAAAAAAAAGAAGAGGAAUUUAAAAAUCAGCAUCUGUGCAAGUUGGACCAAGAGUUGUCAAGAGACAGUGGCUCAAAACUGCCUGGAAGAAAGGGAUGAGACCUAUGUGGAAGCAGUAGCACAAAUAUUUCUAAAUGAACAAUCGAAAGGAAGACAUGGAAAUUGCCUCCCAUUAUCGUCAUCUGCUUCAAGAACUCAAUGAACAAAGACAGCAUGGCAUUCUCUGUGAUGUUUGUAUUAUAGUGGAGGGAAAGAUUUUCAAAGCUCACAAAAACAUUUUACUUGGGAGCAGUCGCUAUUUCAAGACACUAUACUGCCAGGUACAGAAGACUUCUGAUCAGGCAACGGUCACUCAUUUAGAUAUUGUAACAGCCCAGGGGUUUAAAGCAAUCAUUGACUUCAUGUACUCAGCACACCUCGCAUUGACCAGCAGGAAUGUUAUUGAGGUAAUGUCAGCUGCUAGCUAUCUCCAGAUGACUGACAUUGUUCAAGCUUGUCACAAUUUCAUAAAGGCUGCUCUUGACAUAAGCAUUAAGUCUGAUGCAUCAGAUGAUUUUAUUGAUUAUGAACUUGGGGCAACCUCCAGUAGUAGUACAGAUGCUUUGAUUUCAGCGGUGGUAGCUGGUAGGAGCAUAUCCCCCUGGCUUGCUCGGCGGACAAGUCCAGCAAACUCAUCUGGUGAUUCAGCCAUUGCUAGUUGUCACGAAGGAGGAAGCACAUAUGGAAAAGAGGAUCAAGAACCAAAAACUGAUAGUCAUGAUGACAUUUCAUCCCAAUCUCUUUGGUCUAGUGAUAUGCUCUAUGGAUCCUUGCGUAUCAAAGAAGAGCAGACCUCUCCAUCUCAUUAUGGAGGAAAUGAGUUGCAAUCUGCCAAAGAAAGUACAAUGCAGAAUGCCUUUUCAGAACAAGGAGCUGCAGAUGGAUGGCAGCCUACAGGGCGCAGAAAGAAUAGGAAAAAUAAAGAUACUGUUCGCCAUAUUACACAGCAACUGGGAGAUGACAGCAGGACAAGUUCUCCAGUACCACCUUUUAUGUCUGCCCCAGGAUGGCCAUACAGUAGUCGAGAAGCAAGUGUGGAUCUGACAGGGGCGGAGUCCAACAACUCUGACAGCAGAAUGGAAAGAGUGGACCUUUAUGCAAAUGUGGAAGAAGCACUCCUAGGAGGUGAAGCUGGUUAUCUCUCUCAGCCUCUUAUUCCAGAGAAGGAGGAUGCACUUCAGGCCGUUGCGGUUGCUAAUCUGCGGGCAGCCCUUAUGAGCAAGAACAGCUUGCUAUCCCUGAAAGCUGACUUGCUGGGAGAGGAGAGUUCUCUGCUCUUUGAAUACUUACCCAAAGGCACGCAUUCAUUGUCUUGGCCUGGCACCAACUUGAAUCAUUCAAGGGGUGAAUGUGAUGGCAAAGUGGAAGCACGAACUCCUCUGCUGCCUUCAUCACACCUUGCCAUUCAGAGCCCCCCUACCAUCAUCGCCUGUUCUGGUGAUAUUUCACCAGAAACUGUGAAGAGAAUGAUACCUUCAACUCAGGUCACCUAUGAUGGAGUUCUAACAGUGUGGCAGUUAGAUAGCUCUGACACAGAUAUGAACACGCCACAGUCUGAAGAUAUGGGCGUUGGCCAUGAGGCCUUGUUCUUGCAUUCUCCUGUCCCCAAGAGGCUGAGCUGUGCUUUCUGCAGAAAAUUUUUUGAAUGUGUGGAAAAGCUGAAGGAACACAUUCAUGAACAUACUUUCCCCAUGAUUGUCCCUUUUGAUGUAAUUAACUAUUCUAGACCAGUGCUGGCUGGCCUUUCUGAGCACAUAUCUCCAGGUCAGUUUGCCCGUUUCCAGUGUCCAAAGUGUCCUGCAAGCUUCACACUAAAAUCAAACAUGGAUCGACAUGAAAAAACAAUCCACUUCAACUGGAAGAAGAUGCAGUGCCCGCACUGCCUGAAACUGUUCCGAGACAAGACAGACUUAAACCGGCAUCUUAUGUCUGUGCACUCCAGUGAACGUGCAUUCUUGUGUCUUUUUUGUGGCAAGGGUUUUGGUACCCAGAAAAACCUCACUACUCAUAUGAAAGUUUGUUAUCUGGGUUCUACGCAACCAAUAGCUGAAGACCUUCUGAAUCGUAUUGAUCAAAAUCAGGAAUCUGAUGAUGAGUAAGAAAGCUGUUGGGCAGUGGAGAGAGUGAGAUUUAAACUGUUAGAAGCUUAUUUCUUAGCAGCUAGACUGAGUAGCUCAUUCUGCUUUGCCAGCAGUCUCAGUGCUCAGUACAGUGUGAAUGCUGAUCAGGGGUUAGGUAAUGAAAGAGAGGUGUAAUCCUCUUCAUCUCUAGGUUCUAUGGCCAGGAUUCAAAGACAUAAAGCUAGAAGAGGCUUCAGACUUCAAGAACAAAAAUAAUUCUAUUAUUCAGUGAUAAUAACUUACGACAAAACAUCAAGGAAACAUUUUUGUAGUCUUGUUUACAGACAGCAUCCAAACCUAGUAGAGUUCUGUCUAAAUAGGAGUGUGUUCUGGUUGGACAGUCAUUUCUAGAUUUUAACUGUAGGUUCAAAGGAUCAAAAAGUUCAUUAAUUAUUUUAUAUGCACAUUAUUUAUUAAAAACAUUUCUAUACUACCGCGCACAUUACCUCAAUGUGGUAUACAGCAAUAUUGCCAUGUAUAUAAAAAAAUAUGGGGAGAAAAUGCAACUGGAAGACUAGGACAGAGUUGAACUUAUAAUGUACUUAGAUCCAGCACAAACAAAGAUCUGGGAGCACAAAUGUGGUAGAACAUCUGCUUUGCAUGCAGAAGGUCCCAGGUUCAAUCCCUGGCAUCUCUAGGUAGGGCUGGGAGAGACCCUUGCCUUUAACACUGGAGAGUUGCUACCAGUUAGUGUAAAAAAUACUGAGCUAGAUGGACCAAAGGUCUGACAAUAUAAGCCAGCUUCCUAUGUUUUUUAAAAGACACCUCAGUGUCAUUUAUGCAGGCAGUGCACUCACCUAAGCUCAGAAGGGUUCCAUAGUAUGGGCACCACUGCAGAAAAGGCUCUCCCUCUAGUGGGCCACUAAGCAUCCUUCCAUAGGCUGUGCCACAACCAGGAGGGCCUUAUCUGGUUGUAAUGAUAAUGUACAGUAGUGGUGAGGAACCUCUAACCUGUGGGCCAAAUUUGGCCCACGAAGCUGUUUUCCCAAGGGGCAGGUAGAAAUGCAGCUGGGUUGGCUGCAUGACCAAGUUCCCCAUGAGGAACUCGACCGCUCACACCCAUCAGCUGCUCGGCUGGAUCAGCUGCACAGCCAGAUUUGCCAUUGUUUUAACACAAUGACACAGUCAAUCCCUGCAGAAAGCAGCUUUGCCAGUCCUAUGCUUUGUGCUUGGGAAGCACUGAACACAUUGCUGGCACCCCUGUGCGCUGCAGAGCACCCCCCUUACCAGCUGGCUUUGGAAGAACUGUGCAAGGGACUGUGAUAGGUUAGAGGUGAUUGGGUUGUCAUCCUUCCUCCUCACCUGUCAAAGUUGGCCCACUGGGAUGGGGACAGAUAAGGAUCUGGCCCACUGGGCCAAAAAGGUUUCCCACCCCUGAUGUAUUGCCGUAGGUGAUCCUUCAGGCAUCCUGGCCCCAAGUAGCUUAGGUCAUUCUAGGUCAGUACUAAAACCUUAAAAUGACUUGGCAGCUUAUUGGCUGACAGUGCAACUCCUUUGCAAGUGGUAUAAUAUGCACCCAAUAGGGUGCCCCAGUAAGCAGCCUAUUGGCUGCAUUUUGCACGAAUUGUAGCUUCUGAACUAGAGUUAAGAGCAGCCCUGCUUAGUGUGUUACCGUAUAAGAUAGUGAUGGAUCUGUCAAUUAAAGAUGUUUUGGUACAUUUGCUGUAAAGCAACCAUGUACUUUGCUCACUCGGGGUAAGUAAUGUGACAAAAUGUGCCAAAAAGCACUGUGCUCUGUUAAUGCAGAAUUUUGGUGACUGCAUGCAAGGCUUUUUUGACCCUGUAAGUCAGACUAGAAGGGAGAGAACCCAAGCCAUAGACAUAACUGUUCAGUUAUAUCCUGUGUUUAGCUUGAUUUUGUAACUUGCAGGGUGUCAGCAAAUGAGUGUAAUGCUCAGUGGUGUGUAAAAACCUGUUCUCUGCUUGAGUAUUAGCUUACUGACUUUGUUUCGAUCAAUUGUAGAAGUCUCUCUACCCUUAGUUUUGGUUUUUGGCAUGCUGCUGUUGUUACUUGUUUUACUUUUUGUUUUUUAUUGUUUUUGUAAAAAUUUCCUCAAACCCUAAUAAAAACAGUUUAAAAGGAUGUUUCCCAUCCCAAACUUGCCCCUCCCUUGGAUGAAGCCAUCAACUUGGAUCCAGCUUCCUGUCAUCCCAUAGGGAGUGUCUUCUUCCAUCCUGCUGCUCAAGGAGAAUAGAAGUUUACAGAUAAUUUAAAAACCAAAUCUCCAUUGUUUGCAGAAGUUGUUUAGCAUAUGCCUGUAAAAUAAUGAGCAAAAAUAUGCCAUAUGUGCAGAGAAACUUCUGUGGUUGGUAGAACUGACUCUGUAAGUUAGUUUCACCCAUCUGAGGCUUCAGGUGGAAACUGACCACCAUGGAUUUGUGUUGCUAAAGGUAAAGGUGUCCCCGCACUUGAAGUGCGAGUCGUUUCCGACUCUUAGGGUGACGUCUUGCGACGUUUACUAGGCAGACCGUAUAUAUGGGGUGGGAUUGCCAGUUCCUUCCCCAGCCUUUCUUUACCCCCCAGCAUAUGCCGGGUACUCAUUUUACUGACCACGGAUGGAUGGAAGGCUGAGUGGACCUCGACCCCUUUUACCGGAGAUUCUACUUCCUCCUUUCGUUGGAAUCAAACUCCGGCCAUGAGCAGAGCUUCAGCUGCGUUACCGCGGCUUACCACUCUGUGCUACUGAUACUUAUAAUUAGUUUUUACAAUUUGAUAAAUUUGGUGCAAACUGCAGUCUUUUGUUCUGGGCAAAGACUACCUUGAAUCCUCAGGCAGCAUAUUCUCCCCCUGCCAUUUUGCUCCCCUUCUGAGGGAAGCUCCGAAGGUAGUAAGGGAGAGGGCCUUUUCAGUUGUGGCUCCCCAUCUGUGGAAUGUGCUCCCCAGUGAGAUCCACAUGGCAUUUUCAUUGGUGAUGAAAAUAAAGACUUAUCUUUUUGCCCAGGCUUUUGAUGGACUAGGAUGAUACUGUUUGUUAUUAGUGUGCUGCCAAAACUUCCUCUUUGAUAGGAGGUAUCUGUUUUUAACAGUGUGGGAAGUUGCUUACCAAGUUGCUUGGAGACAUUCAAGUAGCAAGUGACUAGCAAAUCAAAUAAAUAAUAAUAAUAAUGAAUAGCCAAAACCUUCUGAACUCUGUUGCCAUCUCUUUAUUGACUAUUUAUUGACUAGUAAAAUUUUGUGUUUGGGAAGCAUGUGUAUACAAGCACUUUGGGGAGAAGGGUGGGAUAUAAAUUUAAUAAUAUUUAAUAAUAAUAUUUAUCUUCUUCCUAUUUGCACAACUAGCCUGCCAUUUUACAGUCUGGCAACUGGUGAAUAAUUUACUUUGCUCUUUAACAAACAGUAGGUGAAGAAAGAAGAAAGCACAGCAGGACAGACAAAGAUCAGCACAUAGGAACUGAGGCAGAAAGGAAAACUCUAAGCCUUUGAAGGAAUGGCUUUUCUUUUUUCUUUCCCCCCCUUUUAUUAUUGUUUGCUAGCAAAGAGGCAGCAGACAGGUGUUGAGGCCAAAACAUAAUGGUUGUCCAUGAAAGGCUUUGCCUAGAACAAAAGACUGCAAGUUGCACCAAGCAUAGAACCUUUCAGAAGGUAUCAAAUAUCGUCUAGUUUACCCUCCUGCCAAUGCAGGAAACCCAUAAGUACUGCGUCCCUGAUAGGUGACCAGUCGGCCUCUUCAUACUGGAUUAUGACCCCUAAUAGUGGCAUCUUUUCCCCAUCUUUUUUAAGCAUUAAGCUUGAAGAAUUGAACUGUGAAAUUUAGAAGCUAGCUCACUUUUCACUGUUCCUAAUAAAGGUAUUAUGAUCCAUGGAAGGAUUCUGGAUUAACACUACUUUGUUAUGUUAGUAUCUAUAUAUGUGUAAAAUCAUACUGUGCCUAUUCAUAAUUAACCAAGUACUUGUAAUCACUAGCUAUCCUACUUCCUUUUAAAAACUAGAAACCAAAGCAAUUGUUUGACUUGAUGUCCUGAUUAUGAAAAAUAUUCAGUUUACAGCAGAUAAUUUAUUGAUGGAUUUGUUGAUUCAUGCUUGAUGUUGGGUGUGUACAUUUCAAUCGGGUAUAUAGGGUGAAUUUUUAGGAUGUGUAUAUAACUGCAGAGAUUACUCUGAUGGAAAGGAUUAGCUAGGGCAGGCAGAGGUCAAGUGCAUGUAACUUGAGAACACCACCAUCCCCUCAGUCUGUUCUUCAGGUUUCUGUUGUGCCCCUGAGAUUAUAAAAAGAAAAGUGCUGGGCCUAUCUUGCAGCAGCAAAUCCAGUGCUUUCCUCGGGCAUGCAUGAAGUACAGUAACUUAGUGAACAUUACUGCUCCUUUAUCCAUUAUAAUUGCUAUAUAUUUAAAAACAUUGUAAUAUUUAGCUUUAGAGUGGUCUUGAUUGUGCAAAUCCAAUUUAAUUUAUUAGGGCUGUGCUAUUACACCAUCCUGAGGAUAAAGUAGGCUGUUUUUGUUAUGGAAAUAUGUAUGCAGAGAUCCUCAGCGGUCUGAGCUGCGUGUGUGCCAGUGUGUGUAUUUACUUAAGUAGCAGGCUCUUACCCUGCAUUUAGAUCACUGAGACUGAAGACUUAGUAAAGUAAGAAAAGUUACUUUAUUUAUAGAAAUAUAUAGUAGAUAGGAAAGGCAUGCCUAGUUCUAACUAAGUUGGAGGGGCAACACCCACACUUGCGUAUUACCCUCAUGGCUCAGGAGAGAGAGCAAAGACAAAGAUGUCUCCUUUCUCCUUGGACAGUGCAAGAAAAAGACAAGGGAAGGAGGAGCAGGUCAGCUUCCCUGACCAUAUCAGUUUACAACAGGAGGAAGUUAUGUAGAGAAGAGCACAGGUAAAGAUAGGCAAGCCUAUCCAGCUGGAGGACCCUAACUCUAUCUUCCUUCUGAAAUACAUUCAAAAUAACCCAGACAGGAGUUGCUUUUGCCCCACUUCCAACAGUUUUAACCCAGAGUGGUCAUCAUGUUGACAGUGAAGUAAAAGUUUUAUUAUUACUAGUAGUAAGAAACUUAUGUGAGUAGUAAGGCAGGCUGCAAUCCUAUCCCACUUACCUGGAAAUAAGCUCCAGUCUGAUUUACUUCUGAAUAUACAUGCUUAGGAUUGUGCUAGAAGUUGUGACAAAGCUUCAAAUUAUUUUGCUACAAUUUUUCUACCAAAGAGGUUUUCUAUUUUUUAACAAAGUAAAGCCAUACAAAGUACAAAAACAAUACUUGAACUCAUAAUAAGACUUUAUGUUUUGAUUACCAGAAUAUUUUUUAAAUACAACAGCAAACAUUUUGUAUAAAUGAAUGUAUUUGCAAAGUAAAUGGUUUCUAAAACUUGUUGAAGGUGUACAGCACUGCUUGCAAAUACAUGUUCAUUAUCAUGGUGCUGUUUGUUUUUUUUACAAAGUGUUGCUCUAUCAUUUUGUCCUUGGUGGCACUGAUAAUGUCUCUUGUAAUGCAGCUGGGAUGCAGUGCAAAAGCAUCUUCUCCAACAUAAACCCAGUGGAAGGUAUUAUUUUCCUUUCACCAGGGCUUGCAAAGGUAACCAUCAAUAAAAGACAGACAUUAUGGAAAAAGUUCUUAAUGUCUCCCUCAGGUUUGGGGCAAGCCAGAUUUCUUCCUUGUCAGUUUGAAAAACAAAUACGUACAUACCAGCAAAUCAGUGCUGCUUCACCUGUGAGCCUUGCAUUUCCUCCCUUCCACCCCAAUGGUACAGGCAGGCCACCCACUUUUAUUUUUUCAAAGUAUUACGUGCCAAGGGCACCAACCAGUCAGUGCUGUUUACAGAUGGCUUCUGCAAAUCUGCAGAACCAGGUGCUGAUGUUUUUUUAGCGCUUUACCCUAAAUAAGGAAAGUUAUGUUUUGGACUGAACACAGUGAGAGCACUUUAGAAUCACGUUCAUGGCUCAGAAAAUGUUAUUUCUGUCUUCACCCUCCUGUGUCAUUAGCAAUCCCUUGUAGACUCUAGGUGCUGCUACCCUUUCUUCCUGUUGUGUGGUAAUAUUAUUUUAGGUAAAAUAUUUUGGAUAUUUUAAUUGUGUUUAUUAAACAAAAGGGAUGCUAUAAAUGUCUGUACUGUAGCACCUUUACUAAACAAUUAAAUGCUUCCAGGUAUGUAUGUUUUCAGUACGGUGAAACUUGGAAGUAAGCUUGGAUGAAUGUAAUUUCUAGUGGUGCUCUAUUUUACAGAGCUAGUAAUAUGUGCAUAUUUGGA